UAACUCACCGAGAAUAUAUAUCUUUAUAUAGCAUAGCUAUCACGGGUAGUGAAUUUAACUUUUUAAUAUUCAGGUUAACAAAUUAGGAUUAGUUUCUUUAAAUUUUCGUGCUUUGUAGAAUAAAAAUAAAAUAUGGGACUACCGCAAUUAAAACUUGAGGAUAUACCAUGCAUGAAUUUAGGGAAAUUCGUGUUAGAUAGUAUGAGAAAACAUGACAGGAAAUCUAUCGCAAUGGUUGACGCUAACACCGACAGGAAUAUAAGCUAUGGAGAAUUGAUACACUUGACUGAACGUGCGGCGUCCGGACUCCAGAAAUUGGGCGUUCGUAAAGGCGACGUCAUAUGCAUUUUGUCACCAAACCAUACGGACUACAUGGUGGCUUUUUACGCCACUGCACUGAUUACAGCAACUUUCCAACCGGUUAAUCCACUAUAUACACGAGAUGACAUAAAAAGGGUGAUCAAACAGUGCAAUACCAAGUUUAUUAUGACCGUCCCGGAACACCUGUCUAAAGUCGAAGAAGCCGUUCGUGGCACAAAUGUGAAGGUUAUUGUUUUCGGGAAAUCACAAGGUCACGUGACGUUCGAGUCUCUAAUUCAAAACAGUGACGGACGGUAUACAUCGCCCGCGUGUGACGCUAAAAAUGACGUCGUGGCGUAUAUGUCGUCAUCAGGAACUACGGGAUUCCCCAAAGCUGUGAUGCUUUCACAUUAUGCUAUUGUAGCAAAUACUUUACAACAAAAGGCUGUAGGUUUGGCAAAAGCAGACGACUGUUAUAUAAUGUUUCUGCCGCUGUUUCACAUGUAUGGUCUCUACACUGUCACACUUCUGUGUCACGUGAUCGGCGCGAAAAUCGUCAUCAUGUCACGUUUCGUGCCCGACGACUACCUUCGGCUGAUACAGAAAUAUAAGCCAAACAUGUUACAAGUCGUACCGCCAGUUAUGGUGAUGUUCUCAAAGUAUCCGAAGGUAUCCGAUUAUAAUUUAUCCUCCAUUCAAUCUGUGGUUUGUGGGGCGGCGCCACUGAGUCAGGAGAUAGAAGAUAUGGUGAAGAGAAAGUUAAAACUGCCCUGUAUUAUACAAGGAUAUGGAAUGACCGAGGUUGGAGUGACGCAUGCGAAUGGAAAGGAAGACUUUAGAUACAAGUCAGUUGGGAGACGCCUACCUCUAGUGGAAAUGAAGAUUGUUGAUGUUGAAACUGGUAAAACGCUUGGGAUCAACGAAGAAGGUGAAAUUUGGGUCAGGGGACCCCAGCUUUGUCUCGGCUAUCUCAAUUUACCGGAAGAGAAUAAAAACUUUUUCACCGCAGACGGAUGGGCAAGAACAGGUGACAUCGGGAAGGAGGACGAAGACGGCUAUAUGUACGUUGUAGACAGACUGAAAGAGUUGAUCAAAUAUAAAGGUCUUCAAGUUGCCCCGGCUACCUUAGAAGAUAUUUUACUACAUCAUGACGCAAUUGCUGACGUAGGCGUUAUUGGGGUCCCGGAUGAGGAAGCGGGAGAACUUCCUAGAGCUUAUGUCGUAAAAAAGGCUGGAAAGCGUAUUACAGAAGCAGAAAUCGUCAAAUACGUAAACGAUAAGGUAUCACCGCAUAUGCGGUUGAGGGGAGGGGUCGAAUUUGUUGACGAAAUCCCACGGACACUGUCAGGGAAGAUUUUGCGAAAAACAUUACGUUUGAAGGCAAAAGCACUUUCAAAACUGUAAACAAUGGACUUUUACUUUUUCAUAAAAUUAUAACAGCCGCCAAUGAAAUGGACACAAACAUUUAAAUAGACAAAGUGUUUGGAAGCAAAUGUUUGAGUGUUUAAUAAAUAUUGUUGAAAGGAAAAUGGUUAUACCGGACAGGACAGUGGGUAUUAAUGAUUUAGCCAAAGUAUGUUUUAAACGGAAGCAGGAUUUAUCUAAAAGCAAACAUAUGCUUGACUUCUUUAUAUUUGAUAACAUUCGCUAAAAGCAUGAGCCCGAAAAGAAUUACUAAGCAUGAGAGACAUUUUGCUCAUUUUUUUUUCACUUUUAGGUUAAGCUGAAUAAACUUUAUUUUUUCAGAAGAUUUACUAUCAUAAUGGUCAUUGACCAACGAUUCAUAAUAAUAAAUGUUGCGGAUGAAAAAUGCCAAAA